GUGUCUGACGCUGCUGAGCCCAGGGAUGGAGUCCCUCCCUGAAGCAGUCCUGAUCCGAAUCCUGGCUGCCAUACCUGCAGUGGAUCUGGUGCUUGUGUGUCGCCUGGUCUGCUGCCAGUGGAAGAACCUGGUCGAUGGAGCUGCACUGUGGAUCCUGAAGUGCCAGCAGGAAGGGCUCACUGGGGCAGAGUCAGAGGAGGAUGCAGAGAACUGGCAAAACUUCUACUUCCUGAGUAAGAAAAGGAAGAACCUCAUCAAGAACCCAUGUGGUGAAGAAGACUUGGAGCACUGGGGAGAGGUAGAGAAUGGAGGUGAUGGCUGGAAAAUUGAAGAGCUCCCAGGGGACUUUGGAAAAGAAUUCCCUAGUGAAGAAGUCCAUAAAUACUUUGUUACAUCUUAUGAGUGGUGUCGAAAGGCUCAGGUCAUUGACCUUAGGGCUGAGGGCUACUGGGAAGAGCUGAUGGACACAACCCAGCCUAAAAUUGUGGUAAGAGACUGGUACGCGGGGCGCCGCGACGCCGGCUGCCUCUACGAGCUCUGCGUGAAACUGCUCUCGGAGAACGAGGAUGUGCUGGCUGAGUACAAAAGUGAGACUGUUACCAUCCCACAGGACAACGAUGGCAGCUGGACUGAGAUCUCCCACACCUUUUCCAAGUACGGGCCCGGGGUGCGCUUCGUGCGCUUCGAGCACGGCGGCCAGGACACGCUGUUCUGGAAGGGCUGGUACGGCGCCCGCGUCACCAACAGCAGCGUGACAGUGGAGCCGUAGCCACGCUCAGCUGGGGCCUGCAUGCUGGAGCUGACUUCCCUCAGGGCAUCCCACGGCCUCUGGAUGGUCUCUGCAUGGUGCUGCUUCUGGCUGUAGAGCAUCGGGCCCUUCUGCGUAGGAACGCGCCUGCAAGACGCCAGAGCCAGCGCCCAGCCUUCCUCAGGGGGACUGUGCAAAGAGUGGGGAUGGAUCUGAGGUUGCACCACAAGGCUCAGCCUCACCACUUGCACUGAUGUUCUCCAUCAGACGGGAGAUGACCUAAAAGUCCUGCAGACCUUCUCUCCUGAGCCAUUAACCCCAAGCCAGACACCCCUCCUGCCUGCUCCCAGACUUGGGCACUCCUUAACUUAGAGGGGCACUUAAGGCAUAUUUUCUGGAAGGUGAAGAGUGGAAGAAAGUAGGAAAGAAAAACAUAGACCUUGUGCCUGAGAACGUACCAGGGAAACCCAGAGCCCUGUCACAAGCUCUGUCACCAACUGCUUCCAUGGCCUGCAGUGAGAACCUUGGCUUCUCCCAUUUACAAACAAUAGAUGUCAUUGCUUACCACAGAGGGGCUCUAGCUUGGCUGUCAAGUGCUAUUAGUUUAAUUUUUAGUGAUAAUGCAAAACAAGAGGGAUUGGAUCCUUUUCCCUUAAACUGUUCCCAGUAUCCAUUUAUCGAGGCAAGUGUUGGGAACAGAAACCUGUCUGGUGUCCAACCCUGGGGCUUCAUUUGGCUCCCUCAGACAG